AUGACAACCACGGCAUUCAAGAACGUGAGGUCUCUCAGCCAACUUGUGUCCGUCCUACUGAUUGUAAUCAACAUCCCACUACCAUUCUUCCUCAUUCCUCAUCUGAUGUUUGUACGGAUGGAGUCUGAGCAUCUCAGAAUGGGGAUCAGAGGGGUGACUACAAUAUUCAGAAGUACCUCGAUGGCAAACAUAACUCUGGGAUUGUUUGCAAGCUGCGGAAUCAAUAGUAAGACCAGGCUGUACAUGAAACUGUAUCUUUUGACCGGCGUGCUUUUACUUUUUAUGUUGAUAACAAUGCUUCUUUAUGUUAGGAUAGGCUACCAGUCCGAUGUUUCCAGGCAGUUAGGAAGACUCUACAACAAUGCAUCUGUCAGAAACAUAAUCCUGUAUUUCAUGGAGUGCACCAACCAGAUGACAUGCACUAGAAUAAUCAUGAAGAACAUCUCAAUGAUCAAAUACUACUACAUCACCAUAGCCAUUCCGUCGCUAUGCUUGAACCUGCUCAACCUCAUACUCAUAAGAAUUGCCACCUCAAUCAACAUAGAGACACCACCACCAAAGAGACCCAACUUUGUCGAGAAGACAAGGGUGGGAAUGAACACAGCAUCUCUAAGAAACAAGCGUGUGGUGGUCAACGGGGCUGGCUAA